CGUGUGUGGUGCUCUCAUUUCGCCGGCUGCACCUGCGCAGUGUGUAAGUGCGUAUAUAACCGUAGGCCCACAGUCUUCAGCACUACAGUCGAUUCCCGAAAGUGUCCAAGGCGGUGAGCUCCUCCGCCACCCAUCCUAAAGUGGUAUCCAGUGAUCAUAGUAACCCUCUUUUACACCGCGGUAUAAGCCAGUGCCACAAAUAGUGAUUUCGACCUUAUCUCCAGCUGUAUUCGGGAGCCAUGAGGAUCCAGCGGCAUUUUGUGCUUGGUCUUCUCGGUGCGCUCUCUGUGGCCAUCGGUAGCAGCCAAGCCAAGGCUGUGGUGGAUCAGCAGGCAGCCGACACUCAGCUGGACAGCAAGAGCGUUGCCCAGCAGCGCAUCGACUUGGGGGGAUUUAGCGAUCAUAUCAUCGACGAUCCUGUCAUCGACGAGCAUCACAUAGAGGAGCACCACGAGCACCACGAACACCACGAGCCCCACCAUGAUCCCGGUUAUUGGAAGAAGAAGGUCACGUGGAAAGAGGGCUGGAAAAAGAUAUGGAAUCCAGCCAAGAAACAAAUCUGGAAUCCCUCAUGGAAAAAGAUCUACAAGCCCCAUUGGGUGAAGGUUCCUGGUUGGAAGGAGAUUCAGGUGCCAGCUUGGAAGCAAAUUUGGGUGCCUCACUGGAAAGAGAUUUUAGUGCCUGCUUGGAAGGACAUUGAAGUGCCCGACUACAAGCAGAUCUGGACCCCUGAGCUCGUAAAGGUUGGCAUUCCCGGCGAGAAAUUUUUGGGCAAGGACCACGAUGGUUGGGAGUACACCAGCCACGAUCUGUGGAAGAAGAAAGUGGUUUGGAAAUCCCACUGGAAAAAGAUUUGGAAGCCAGCCAAAAAGCAAAUCUGGGUGCCCGACAAGAAACUGGAAUGGAAGGAGGGAUGGAAACAGUACUGGAAACCAGCAAAGAAGGAAAUUUGGACCGAUAAAUUGGAAUGGAAAGAGGCAUGGAAAGAGAUUUGGGUCCCUGGCUGGAAAGAGAUCUGGGUGCCUGGUUGGAAGAAGAUCUGGAAACCAGUGGUCAUAUCCGAGUGGUUCCCCUCGCCCGAUCAUCACCAUGAUCAUCAUCAUCACGAAUCUGGUUGGGAUUGGGACCGCAAGGGUACCGGUGCCGCACCCGCAACCGUCGCCCCUGCAAUAGCCACUGCCACCGGCAAGGAUAAAGUAGUGUGGAAACGCUAUGACACCAAUGCUUCCGCCUCGGGCAAGCCAACGCUGCUGCAGCCAGUGGCCAGUGCCGAUUUCCAGGCCAAAGCUCUGGAGGCAGCCAAGUCGCCAGCUGCUGCCGGACCCUCAGCCUCGGUGGCCGCCACCUCGCAAUUCAAGUUUCCCGGUGCGUAGGCAGAGCAGCAGUGCAGCCAUUCAACAUUGCAUCACUGCAUCUCCGCCUGCACCUGCAUCUGCCCGUCCCAAGCUCCAUGUAAAUAGUUACAAACCAGUCGCUAGCUCUUAAGGAAUCCAUCCACUUCCAUUUGCUUUGGCGCCACUUUAAAUUAUCUCUAGACUUAAAUGUUUAAUUAACAACAAAGUGAAUAAAACUACGAAUAA